UGCUGGCAGGAGCUGGGGGCGAGCAGGCAGGGAGGUGGGGUCCCGCCGCCGCCGCGGCUCGGCGCCGCCGCCGUGUCUGGGAUUAGGUUCCCACUCGGCGGCGAUGCGGUGCGGCGGAGCGGACGCGGCGGGGCCCAGCGGGAGUGCGCUGGAUGUCGCCGGGCGCUAACAGGACGCGGGGACGGAGCCGACGGAGCUCUCCAGGGUGCUCGGGCGCCGGCCUCUCUCGGGGAGCCGAGCUUCGCCGGCGUCCACCGCCCGAGCUGCGCCGAGUCGCGCAGCGCCGCGGAGCCUCGCCGAUGCCUCGAACGCGACCGCUUCAGGGCUCCGCGGCGGUGCCAAGCAGCAUGGCCCGGAUUAGGUACCUCCGCGCGGCUGUCUCGGGAUUUUAUCUGUGGGAAGCGGCGGUGCUGCUCAGCUUGGUAGCUACAAAGGAAACAGACAGUGCAAGAUCUCGUAGCAUGCCAAUGUCACCAUCUGAUUUCCUGGAUAAACUAAUGGGUAGGAUGUCAGGCUACGAUGCAAGGAUCAGGCCAAAUUUCAAAGGCCCUCCAGUUAAUGUCACAUGCAACAUAUUUAUAAACAGCUUUGGAUCCAUUGCAGAGACAACCAUGGAUUACCGAGUGAACAUCUUUCUCCGUCAGAACUGGAAUGAUCCUCGCCUUGCAUACAGCGAAUACCCAGACGACUCCUUAGACUUAGAUCCAUCCAUGCUGGAUUCAAUUUGGAAACCUGAUUUGUUUUUUGCCAAUGAAAAAGGUGCCAACUUUCAUGAAGUUACAACAGAUAAUAAGCUGUUACGAAUUUUCAAAAAUGGAAAUGUACUUUAUUCUAUCAGAUUGACUUUAAUACUCUCCUGUCCGAUGGAUCUCAAAAAUUUUCCAAUGGAUGUGCAAACAUGUAUAAUGCAGCUGGAAAGCUUUGGAUACACAAUGAAUGAUCUAAUUUUUGAAUGGCAAGAAAAGGGAGCAGUUCAAGUAGCAGAAGGUCUCACUCUGCCACAGUUUCUGUUGAAAGAAGAAAAGGAUUUAUGCUACUGCACCAAGCAUUACAAUACAGGGAAGUUUACAUGUAUUGAAGUCCGAUUCCACCUUGAGAGGCAGAUGGGUUACUAUCUCAUCCAGAUGUACAUACCAAGUCUCCUGAUUGUCAUUCUCUCCUGGGUGUCAUUUUGGAUCAAUAUGGAUGCAGCUCCAGCCAGGGUGGCUUUAGGCAUAACAACUGUACUGACCAUGACAACACAAAGCUCUGGUUCAAGAGCAUCUCUUCCAAAGGUGUCAUAUGUGAAAGCAAUUGACAUCUGGAUGGCUGUAUGUCUGCUCUUUGUGUUUUCUGCGCUUUUGGAGUAUGCAGCUGUAAACUUUGUGUCAAGGCAACAUAAAGAACUUCUGCGAUUCCGCCGCAAGAGGAAGAAGAACAAGUAUUUUGAGGGAGUUCUUGAUGGAAAUGAAAUCAGUGAAUCAUUGCAACAUAGCAAUGGCUUGAGAUGUACAGGACCUAUAGACGGGAGUUUGCCUCAAAUCUACAGUACAAAUUUAAGGGAUGAUGAUGCAAGAGACAGUCAAUUUAGCUUUACAGCAUAUGGAGUGAGCCCAUGUGUGCAAGCAAAAGAUGGAGUGACACAAAAGGGGCCAAAUAAUCCUGUUCAAGCUGCACCAAAAACACCUGAGGAAAUGAGAAAGGUAUUUAUUGACCGGGCUAAGAAGAUAGACACAAUAUCCAGAGCUUGUUUCCCAUUAGCCUUUCUGAUUUUCAAUAUUUUUUACUGGGUAAUCUACAAAAUCAUCAGGCAUGAGGACAUUCAUCAAUAAAAUAAAGGCAUACAGAUCUGGCUGCCAUGUUCAACAGGAGGCUUUCUCUUAGAUAUGCACAUUGAAGGAGUGAUUGAGGAGAGUUAAAAGCAUUAAGGGGGGAAAAGAUCCUUUGUGGCCUACAAUGCCCAGCCACAGUGGAAUGGAAGACUGACACCCAGAGAAGCUACAUCUGCUAUUGCAAACUUUCUGUGUCAAUUUAAAUAUUAACAGCUUUUUCAUUGUAAAUCACUCUACUGAAGAUUUACUGCCAAGUACUUAUACAUACAGCUACACAGUGGUAUAAUUGUACAGUACUCUUUAGUGCUCCUUAAUAUUAUGUUGUGUUUGUUGGUUUGUUUUGGUUGGUUUGUU